CUAAUCGAUAAUAUUUGCUGGCUUCAACAAGCCUAGUUUAAACGUCUUUAAACAAAGGUUUUUGCGCCAACAACGUUUUGUUCACUACGAUGCUUUCAGAAAGUGUGAAAUGCAGGGGAAUACAGGGAAAACGAGAAAAAGUUCAUAGGAUUUAUAUAAUUGUAUAAGGAACUUUUCGAAAGCUUUGUGGUUAGUCGUUAAUCAUGGGAGGUUCCAAUUCUGUGCAAAACACAUCAAGGAUAAGUGAAAGUGAUGACGAGAUCGAAAUACAAGAAGCGGAGGAAGGAUAUCUGGAACCGAAGCCUCCUGGUCCAUUACAUAGAAGUUUAGCACGUACGCAGAAUUGUUUUAAAGAUGACAAAUUCAACAGCGCUAGAGACAACGUUGACUUCUUCAAGAACUUUAUCGUUGAUGAUGUUAACAUCAAGUUGGAUUUAGACACAAUGCCAGGUGAAUUUACUGACGGGCUGAAACCAAGUCAGUCUCAUACUGCUACAAGUAUAGAAUCAACUCUUUCAUUUCAUGCGAUUGACGAUCAUGCAAGGAAGGCUGACGAACACCUAUUGGAUUCCUUUCAAGAGCUUAUUGGGUAUCUUACAGAACCUUUACACUUAGACAUGUUUCGGAAAACUAAAACAGCAAGGGCCAUUGUUGUCUGGCUGAGCCAACAAGAACUGGAAUGGAACAGCUAUGGAGAAAAAAACCUUGAUACACCACGUGGUCUGCUUCAGUACCUAAAGGAGGAAAAGAUGUCCUACACAACGUGCUACACUAUACUAUGCAGAAAAGCUGGUUUACAGUGUGCGAUUGUACGAGGACAUGUAAAAGCUGCUGCCUAUGAGCCUGGUGACGAGGAGUUGCCGUUUGGGUCUUGGAACGCAGUUUAUGUAGAAUCUGGCUGGCAAAUUGUUCAUGCCCUUUGGGUAUGUCAGGCGGUGUAUGGCCACAAUACUGGUAGAUGGAUUAAAGUUGAACAAGAUGGCAAGACAAUAAAUAAAAUGGAAAAGGCAUCUUUCGGCAUAAAACACAAACUUUUCCAGGAGCUGUUCUUCAUGCCCAAUCCGGAGAAAUUUAUAUACUUGUGUUGUGCUUCUAAACCAGAAUGGCAGCUAGUGUCCCCAGGUUCUGUCGUACCUUCUUUGGAAGAAUUUAUAAAGAAGGCGAAUUUAUCUUUUCCAUUCUUUGAUAUUGGGUUUCAACUGACCAGUGAACAAGCUUGCACUCUAAAUAGCAAGAAUGGCUUUUGUAAAGUAGAAAUGAAAGCAAAGAAAACAAAAGCCCACAUGAUUGUACUUCAAUAUGAACUGUUUAAGAGGAUGGAUGCCGAUUCACAUAAAGCUUUAACGAAAGACGAGGAUGUGGCUAGGAUGGUAUUCAAUUCAAGGGCAGGAGAAAUAUUUAUUUUUGACAUAAGGUUUCCAGAGACUGGCAUCUAUAAACUGGUGAUUUAUGGUGGUCCCCAUACAUCCCAAAGUCUUCGUUUAUGUAAAUUCAAACUCGUCUGUAACCAAGAAAUGGUCGGUCGUAACCUAUUGCCUCUGGACUGUGGUAAAGUUGGAUGGGGCCCUGGGCCAGUCUCGCUAGAAGCUGGUCUUAUGAUGCCCUCGAAACCCAGUGGGCUUAUAACUGUGAACGAAAAAGAGAAGAAGAUAGACGUUAAAUUCAAAGUAAGGGACAUAAAUGAGAACUAUACCGCCGUUGUAUAUGGUGAAGUUGAUGGUCGCAGAAGACAACUAGAUGAUACGGCGGUAAAUGUACAGAAAAUUGCACAUUCACAACAGCUUGUUAUAUCUGUCACGAUACCUGAUAAAGGGGAAUAUGGACUGUCAAUACAACACAUGAAUGAAAUGGAGUCAAACGACGAAUGGGAAAAUGUUUGCAAUUACCUUAUUUCGACACUGGCGUAUACACCCGAACGUGCAAAUGUGAGAAAUACUAAGCGGAAGCUUAAAGAAGUGGUUGAAGCGCCUGUUGAACCAAGACGAUGGAAAGAAAAGUUAAAGAACAUACAAAGUUGUAUUCAGAAAUGCAAGAAAGAAAAGGUGCCCGACUCAGAUGAUGAAAUCAUCACUGCUAAUGCAAUGGUUUGGUUUCUGUUCUUAAAAGGAAUGUUACGUGACUGUGUGUUACGAAGAAAUCCGCACGUUAUCAGAAAGACACUAGAUAUUGUAAGUUUGUAUAGAAAUAGGGACGCUUUGACCAAGGAAAUACAUGAAGUCAAAGAGAUUGAAAAUGACAUUGUUUCUUUGAAUGGUUACACAAGACAAGUCCCGAAGUUAGAGGAAGCAAAUAAAGAAAUCGUGGCAUUGAAAAACGCUCCUGAGGAAGUUCACAAUACAUUAAAAGCCCUUCUGGUAUUAUUAGGAGAAUCAGAAUAUUAUCUGGAGGACUGGGCGUAUAUACAGUCUCGGAUGAAAGCUUCCAUCCAUACAAAUGAAACGUCUGUCCUAGGCAAGAUGGCACACAUACAGAGGCAGGAUAUUGGUCAAGACCUUCUCAAAAAAGCCUUAUCAAUUUUGCAUAGAUAUGAUGAGCAUCAAGUUAGGAAAGUAAACAGUGACGCCCACAGCUUCUACCUCUGGAUUGAACAUUUCACAAAUGUACAGGAAGGGAAUUGACUCAAUCCGUAUCAAUACGUGUCUGUCUUAAGACAUAAAGGACUCGUGAUUAUUAUUCAAAGGAAUCAAUAGUUGUUAUAAGAUGUCAACAUAGUUUUUCUUAGACAGUAUAGACACAUAUUGUCCUACUAAGAAGGCAGCAAGUCCUAACAGACAAAAACAAAUUAUAUAUCUGAUAGAUUUCUGAUUGUGACAAUAUUACUAAGUUAUUUCAGUUCAAUUUAGUUUCAGUGUUAUAUUUAUUAUAACAGACUGUUUGUACAAGUUGGAAAACUAUAUCAUUUAAAACCAUUUCAUUGAUUCUGCCUUUGUGGCCAGUGUAGACAUCACUGAUUCAAGAUCUGCACUGUCAGUAUCGUUUUGAUAAACACCCCUUUUUACAGCUUAGGUACUGUCGAAAUUGAAAGAUGGACACGUCCAUGAUAGAAAUCUAAGUGAGUAAGGGUUAAAAUCAUUUCUAACAGAAUACAGAAUCACAUUUACAGUGCAAUUCAUUCUUAUUGCAAAAUUUGUAUAACUUAACUUGUAUUGAUAGUUUGUGUCUCUUACUAUUGGAAUACAUACUCCUCUUGUGUUGUGUCGGCGCCUGCGUUCCUUAAAUGUGGCUUACUUUCGACUAGUCCCUGUUUUUGCAGUAUUCUCAUCUAUUAACUUUACCCAGAAUUAAGCAAUUAAAUUGUCCUUGACCUUGAACAACGCGCUCACGAAGAACUCAUUGAAUUCAAACGUUUGGACAUGUUGCCAGUUUCGUAUUGCGGCCCCGGGUAUGUUUUUUUU